AAUCAUAGCUAUAAAUUAGGAACAUAACGACCGAAGUACCGGGGAAACAGUAGAACAAUAUUGAAAAAUGGUUCACAUUACUGGUGUCAUUUUUGUAGUAGCAUUUUUUCACGCUUAUAGUGCGAAGCAAAUGCAUUACGAAUUUCAACGAGUCGAGCAAGUCGGUGGUGAGGAUAUGUUUGAUUGUCAGAUACGGAUAAGAAAGUUCAAUCGAACUGCUCCAGUCAUAACUGGUCCCACAACGUAUUUCAAAGACAUGGACAAUACCUAUACGCUCGAAAUGAAAACCGCGUACAGUCCACUUGGCAACAAUCAGUUCAACGAGUAUCCCAUGAGUUUUAAGAAGCAAAAUUUGUGCGACUUCGUCAACACAACCUACCGAGAGUAUCAGGAAUUUUUAAAAGAACCUGGAACGAACUAUACCCAGGUCACUGGAGAAGGUUUGUGUCCAUGGCCCAAGGGUACUUACAGCUUCAACGAUUUGCUCCUGACCGAUACCAGUCCUGUUCCGCCGGUUAUUCCUUCCGGGCUGUGGAGAGCUACCUUUGUUUACCAAGGGCCAAACGAUCAAAAGGGUUCCAUUCUGUUUUUCAUAAAGGUGUGGUAUACAUAAUGAUUUGUUGUAUUUGAAUUCAUUAAAUUUGUUUGUGUUAUAUGAAAACUAAUAACAAA